AUGGAGCCUUACAUGCGGCACUGGGAGGUCACCGUGCGGCACGCCAAAGAUUGCGCGGACUUCCUUAUGGCCUCUCGUGACGCCCUCAAGGAGUGCUCCAGCGUAUUCCGGUACUUGGAACGAGAUUUCAAAGAUAGGCUUCUGAUGCACUUUUCGUCCGGGAGCGGUGGUGCGCCGUGGGUGGAGUUGGAAGCGGCCCUGCGCAGAUUCGCGGUGGCUUGCCCAACGGAGAGCCUGGUGGACCAUACCACGAGACUCUCCGAAGCUUUCGUGAAGCUCAAGGAGGGGCUGCUGGACGUUGAGGAUGCCUUUGGUCUCUACGUCGCGACCGGGCCGACGUCCGUCGAGGGCCACAGGAGGAGGUACCGAUAUCUGGUGGAGUUCAAGACCAGGCUCCUGGAGUUCAAGAACGAUAUGGAGGGCAGGCAUGCGGCCUUCUUGCGUGCCUUGAGCAAGCGGCGCCGGGAUCCACCCGCUGUUGGGGAGCGUGCGGGGAGCGCUUCAAUUGGAGCGCCGGCGAAAGAGUCCUCGGAGCACGCCGGAGAUUCUCGGCGGUACCAUGCCAAAAAGGGAUUCAUACCUUCCGAUCGCUACACGGAGCGCAGCAGGGCAGGGCGAGCGCGUCUAGGCGGGGAAGCGCAGACCGUGCUUCUCGGGAUAUGGAAGAGGAUCGGCAAGAAAAAAGGUGCUGCGACCGUCACGUGCCGCCAGCUGGCGGACGACCCCGUCGUGAAGAGUAUUUUCGUCAGGGGUCACCGUUGUGUGUUUAAUAGGCUGAAGGUGAAUGGGUUCAUCACGCCUACGAGAGGGUCUUGGUCGCUUACGCCGCUAGGAAGAGAGGUCUGCAGGCUUCGAUUCGACGAUUGA